GCGAGAUAAACUAGUUCGAAUGACACAAAUAUCCCACACCUCAUAUCCCAUCCUCAGUUACACUCAGAUACGUCGCCGUUACCUCCGUCAGCUAAGUGAACUCCCCGUUACUUCACCGUGCAGUAGUCCAGCUUAAAAGUCACGCCCACCACACGCUCCUCUCGUCCUAGUGUGGUUGUGUGUCAGUGUAGCUCCUCAGUGUAUGGAGACACGUGCUACCGGCUUGCUAUGUGCUUAUAUCUGUUUCUGUUUUGAAGCUUUGGUUGUGAUCUUCGGUGGCGUCCUUUUUCCGAGGUGAAAAAAAGAUAUAUAUAUUGUGCAUCAUCAUUGACACCAUGAAGGUAUUAGCAGUUUUGACGUGUUUGGCAUGGUGUUGUCUUUUCCUGCCGUGUAGGAGCGCUUCCCCUAGAGGCUUCACAGCGGAGGAACCAAGAGUCAGAAAUAAUACAAGUCCGGAGAUUUCAUUUUCCAAGAGCAGGGUGGUGACGUUGUUACCGUCGCGAGCGCGCCAGCCAGGGGGACCUCGCUCUCCGCACCACCUCUCGAGGCGCAGCGGCUGUCCCCAAUCCUCGUCCUCCGGUUUCUCCACCUUUGGCUUCCUCGCCUUCAUGCUCAUCUCCAUCAACACCGUCGUCAACAUCAUCAAUAACAUCAACAAUAACAACAACAACAACAAUAAUAAUAACAACAAUAACAACGACAAUAACAACAACAAUAACAUGAAUAUGAACGAGAACGGGAGGGCGUUCGAGUUGAAGGACGACCUCUGGGAUCUGGCCUUCGACGACCACCACUUACGAUUGCCUUGUGUAGUUGCCACUGUGACUAUAUACAUGAUUGUGACUGUAAAAGUAAGCUGUGUUUGCUAUGGUGAUUGCUCUGUGGGCGUGAUGGAAGCCAUGGACGAGACGAGUGGCGAUAUCAAAUCGUGGGCGGCCGCCGUGCUCUCUAAAUAUCCCCAGUGUCUUCCGCGGUUUGCCUGUGAGAUGACCUCGUAUGUCGGCGAUAACACAGUAGGAUUAUUGUUAUUAACGCCUCUGAAAACAUCUUGGGCUGGAGAGAUCCUUCAAUCGUCCAGGAGCGGAGGAUGCCAGACUUUGUACCCUCUCUGUCCACUCUUUGAUGACUGAAGAUUUCGUCAUAUUCUUGCGGUAUAAAGAUGGGCGGUUUCUUGCAAAUAUGGGAUAAAGAUAUUGGAAUAUGUUUCUUUUUUGUUUGGGUAAAUCCUUUUUUUGUUUCACGUACAUGGUGAAAUUUUUCAUAGAAAGUCCUCAUUAUAACUAGCUUUACUGUCUGAGAUGCGUCAAAGAGACACUAUAGGAGUGGCUGAGGGAACGCCAUUGGAUGCGUGAUAUUUUUGUUGAUUGUGGUUUAGUUCACCGCACUUAAACAAUUAGCUUUAUAUAUUUCUUAAUGUCAUACAGCACGAAGGAACGCCAAAAGCUCAGCACCGAAAGAUCCAAGGGGCAUCACUUGAAGGGUCGAAGGUAAUAUUAGGAGGGUCGAAGAAAAAACAGUGGUUAGGCUGAAAAUCACUUGUAGAAGGCCUAGGGCCCACCCGUAAAAAGGUUAAAUGGCACCACUGGAAGGCCGAAGAGGCAUAUUGGAAGGGCCAUGUGGACACGAAGGGACACUAUAGGAGGGUCCGAAGGGACAGUAUCGCAAGGGCCGUGGGGUACCUUUGGAAGGCCCGAGGGGCAACACUGGAGGGGCAAAGGGAUACCAUUAAUAAUCUGUGCUUCGGCAUUAGCAGUAUUCAUGUUUCUAUGUCUCUAUUAAUACAUGACUGUAUACUUGCGUGCGUGUGCAUAAGAAUAUUUUUGUGAACGCGUCGCAUGUUUAUUCAUAAAAUGUAAUAAACAUCAAAUACA